AUUGAGUCAAGUCGAGUCAAGUCGGGUCAACAUGGUGGCUGGUGGGAUGCACGUGUACGCACAUGGUAGUGAUGGUCAGAUAUCAGAAUCAUUGAAAUAAUUAAGAUUAUUCUUGAUUGUACGAGAGUACCUCGUAUUCUUUAGAAUUAUUGGGACUCUAAAAAGUGGGGAAAAAUGAGUUCCACUGUUUUUGAUAGCUUUACGAAGCUUACAAGAGAGAAAGUGCAAGAAAGAUUGAAUGGUGCUGGAACAUUACUUAAAUAUAUGUCCCAAAAAAAUACGGAAGAAGAUAAAGUUAAAGAACUAAAAUAUGCACUUAAACGGCUGGUGCGUGGUCUUGGAUCUUCACGAGAAUUUGCUAGGAAAGGUUUCUAUUCUGCAUUCACAGUAUAUCUGUCUAUGAAUUCAGACAUUGAAGUAUCCAAGAUUAUGGAAAUUGUUGAGAGUGAACUGAGCACUGUCAACAGCAAUACAAAGAGUGAAAAUGCAGAUAUUAAUAUGGGACGCAUAUUAGCCUGUGGAGCAUUGAUACGCUCUAAAGUGCUUAUUAAAUUAACAAGCGAUGAACAACUUAAAGUUCUGGAAUGUUUAAUAAAAGCAGGAAAUCAACGUUCCUAUCUCUCCUUCGUUUCAGUAUCAUUCAUUCUUGAUUUUGCUAUACAACUUGAUGAAGUAGCGUUUAAGACAAUACUUUGGCCAUUGCUGCAGACAGAACUUGGCAAAUCAUGGUCGGACCAAACCUUGGAUACAUUUUAUGCAUUGUUGGUUGUAAAGGAAAAAUUUCCAUCGGUAGUCAAAAACAAAUUUUUGAGGCAAUAUUUGGGAAACGAACAUAUCAUUUCAUCAGAUUCUAUGAAAGAUGUGGUAACGUUAUUGAGUGACAUACCCAGAUUUAAUUGCUACCAACAUCCAGUAUAUGAAAUCUUUUGCAAGAAAUUGUGUGAAACUCAAUAUGUUGUUGAAUUUUGGACAGGAAUAGAUCAACGGUUUAUCAAACCAUCAAAAAGCAUAGAGCGUCUUGCUAUAAAGAUAUUGACGUUGUUACUGUCAAAUAUUAAAGAUAAAUCUAUACUUCCAUCGUUAUUGUCGACACAUUUUCUUCAACAUAUGCUCAAAAGAUUCUCUGGCUGCAAAAGGAGUAAGACCGAUGAGAUUGCUAUUGCAUUCAAGGAAGUGUUCACUGUUUUGAUAAACAUUUUAAAUGAUAAAGAAAUCAAGUCGAAAACUUCUAUAGGAGUAUUGAAAAAAUUAUUAUUUUAUCCCGGUGAUUUGAUGAUCGAAAAAAUAACAAGCACCAAGAUAAUUCAAAUGAUUACUGCCAAUCUGAAUACAGAAGGGGUGAAGAAGUUGUCAAAACUUUACAGAGAUAUUGCAGUAAAUGCUAAGCCUAAAGAAAAUAGUGCUGGUAUGGAACAUUGGACAAAUGCCGAAAGGGCUUAUGCUGCUCAGAUGCUAACUAGACUACUGGGACAUUCGGUAAUGAGUUCCGACCAUGACUGGCGAUUGGAGCAACUUCAGUUCUUGUUCUCCAUUGGAUUAUGCGAGUCGCCAAAUAUCGGCACAGAACUAGCCCCACAAUUUAAGGAUACUUUUUAUCGUGCUCUGGAUCACAAGUUACCAAAAUUAAGUGAUUUGCGAGAUAUAUUGAGUGCGCUUGUUCGCUAUAUUGAUGAAGAAUUAUUUUUGAAAAAUGCUUUGACAUUAAGGGCACCCUUGACGGAUUCUGUAAAGAACGUGUGGAAAGAUACAAUGAUUCUAAUUAAAAAAUUGGAAAAAGACUCAAAGAAUGAAGCUGCAGCUGCAAUAUUUCAUACACUGGAUUUACAUAUGGCGUUGCAAUUAUUUACUGAGUCGGAGAUGGCAGUUUCUUGUAUUAAGGAAUUGGAUAGUUGCUAUGAAAGGUUAUCCAAAAAAAGAUCGAAGAAGACAAAAAAGACAGAAAUCGAAGACAAUAACGAACCUGAAUGGGUUGAAGUUGUUGUUGAUCUCUUAUUGUCAUUACUCUCGAGAAACAAUCAUCUACUACGGUCACUUGUUGGAUGUGUUUUUCCUCACAUGUGUACCUUCCUAACAGCUAGCUCCAUUCAUCAAAUUUUGGAUGUAUUGGAUGUAAAAAAUGUCAAAGGUCCUUUGACUAGCAACAAAGGUGAUAAUGAUGAUGACGAGGAUGACAACGACGAUAGUGAUGACGAUAACGAUGAGUACGAAGAAGAUUCAUCGGUGGAGGAAUCUGGACCCAAUGAAAAUGGAAGAGUUGAGGAUGACCAUGAUGAUAGCGAUGAAGAUCAUGAUGACAAGGAUAGUGAUAGUGAUGAUGAUGAUGACAGUGAGGCAGAAAAUGGUAAAGAGGAUCUUAACGACAGUGACUUAGAUAUGAACGAAAACGACGCAGUGACAGACAGAUUGAGAAUGGCUGUACGUCAAGCCCUCGGUGAUGCUUUGGUUCAAAGUGACGAAGAGGACAUCGAUGUAGAUCAAAUCGAUGAUGCUGAAGGCAAGAGACUUGACGAAUCUUUAGCGGCAGCAUUUAGGAUUUUACGAGAAAAUCGUAAAAACAAGUCGAAGAAGCAAGAGAAAAGCGCUGAGACUUUAACACAUUUUCGAAUUCGAGCUAUCGAUCUGUUGGAGGUUUACUUGGAUUCCAGUCCUGUUAUGGCUCUUGCUCUCGAUAUGUUGGUGCCCCUCUUUGCCCUCCUAGAAUUUUGUAUAAAGAAUCCACAUGAGAAACCAUUAGAGAAUAGAGUGAGAGCUUGCCUAAAGAAAUUAUCAUCGGUUAAAAAGUUUAAAAAUACGGACGAUGUCGAUGAACUACUUUUUACGGACAUAUUAAAGGUGUUAAUAGAAAAAGGUGAACGGUCAGCUUCCGUGUGUCAAGAAAUGAGCGACAAAUUGGCAGAGUGUUGUACCUUCCUGGUUAGAUGCAUUCAGCAGGCAAACAUAUCCAGCGAUAAAAUAGCAGAAAUUUAUACUGAAAACUUAAUAGCAUUCUUCAGGAAGAGAGAUUGCGUUUUGCCUGCUAUUCUUUUCAAAAGCAUUUUGCAGCUACGUUGGGACGGGAAUUGGAAACUAGCACCUAUUCUUGUGGAUUUUUCUUUUGACCCUGAAAUACGAUCGUUCAGAAGAAGUCAGGCCCUCGAGUUUCUGGGGAUAUUCUUCCGUAAUUAUAGACUGAUUCGAUCGAAUGAGAAACAUACCGAGAUCAGAUUAAAACUCGAAAAGAAAUUGUACGAUAGUAGUAUUACUUUUCUCGAAAAUUUAAGUAUUUCCGGCGUAAGGGAGAAUGAACACUCCACACCGGAUAAAAGUGUUAAGAGCAUUAAGGACGGCAGUCAGAAAUUUGCUUCUUUACUUUUUGCAUUGAUACACACGAUACAACCACAUCACUUACCUAAAGUUUGGAAUUGGAAGGCUUUUGCCGAUGCUUUGACAAAAUACAGAGCCAACGUAUCACUGUCUACUGAUGCCAAAAGUGCCUACAAUAAACUGGCUGCACAAAUUGGACUGCCUACUAACAUAACAAAAAAGAAGGAUAAGAAAGAGUGUCCAGCACCAACUAACGGAAAUUUAUCCGAUGGUGAGGAGGCUGUUGGGAUAGUUAGACAGGAAAGUCUUCCAAAGCAUAACAUAAAUAGCAAAGAUUCAGAAGAUACGGCGAAGGAUUUGAGAAAAGAAGAAAAGAAGCGACGGAAGAUAAAGAGUAAACAAAAAAAUAAGCAGAAAUUGAAGAAAGAGGCCCGUGAAUUGCGUGCAACAGUCAUGGCUGACGGUUUUGAACCGUUGAAUUUUAGUUCUGCAGUUUUGACUAAUGGUAAUAUAGUGGACUCUUCGGAUAGCAUGGAUGGUGAACAUGAUGUAAAUGGUGCCACGGGAAGAAAUGAUAGAAAUCCGAGGAAUUCUCAUGUCAAAAGAUCGUUGCCGGAAGACUUGGAGGGGGCGACGAGCAAAGCAAAGAAAAAGAAGAAGAAAGACCCAGGAAAUAAACAAUAGAAUAAUAAUAAUAAUGUAUUGUAAAACAACGCUUUCAUGUUGCGCGAUUUCUUCUUUUUAUAUAUGUAUGGAAUUAUGUACAUAACAUAAGUGACCCUAUUCCGUACGUAAAUACAUUACAAGAUAAAACGAUCAA